AUGGGGAUUACCAUGAAGAUGCUAGAAGACUCUGAUACAUGUUUUCACGGCAUCCUUCCUACUUUACCGGCAUAUUCUCUCGGCAAGGCCUCUCUGAAUGUUGUCUUUGGUAAACCCGAUAAUUUCAGGAAAGAAAGGAUCGAGUUUGAAGUAGUCAAUUGGGAAUCGCAGUACCAUGCUAUACUUGGUAGACCAGCAUACGCCAAGUUUAUGUCUGUGCCACAUUAUGCGUAUCUCCAGCUCAAGAUGCCAGGCAACAAUGGAACAAACAUCACAGUACAUGGAAGUUUCUCUCGUUCAGAUAAUUGUGAUCGCGAGUUUCAAAGGAUUGCUGCAAAAUUUGUAAUGAAACAGGAAGUUAUCGACUACCCGUCCAAGCAAUUGACCUCUCAUGAAGAUGACAAGGUCAAGAAGUCGAAAAAAACCAAAUGA